GUACAAAUUUUGUUGCCUGAAGAGCCCGAGUGACUGUGCUGUAUAGGACAUGAGAUCAGUAGAGACAAGUGCGGAUUUUCCGGAGCUGGAGGAGGAAAGUAAAGUUUCAGAGAGAAAUUCACUCAGUCCGAUCAUUUUUCCAAACAAAAUGCAAAGAUUUCCGCAAAGAGAACCAUUCGAACACAAACAACCUAAAAUUUAUCAAAAGAGGAAUGUAGUUUAUUACAUUCCUAGAUUGCAAGAAAAAGUUAACUUAUCUCUUGAAAUUGGCCAAAACUAUUAUGAAAAAUAUGAUAAAGAAACAUCAAAUAUUUCGAAUUUAGACCUGAAAUCAGAUUUUAGAAUCAGAUACCCAGAUAAAGUGGGUCCUAAGCCAUCGACCUUCAGAUCAGAAUACAACUUUUCUUCCAAGAAAAUUGAACUGCAUGGUUUCAAAGACAAGAUGAAGAUAGCUCCUCAAAAUAUAACAAUCAAGAAAUCUCCUAAGAGAUUUAACUCCAAAAAAUCUCAACUAAAGACAAGGCAGAUGACUAUUAUUGAGGAUGCUUUUCAAUCUCUUGAUCCUAAAAUUAUCAACAUGAAUCUAGGAAUUAGGAAAGCAUCCCAGUUCAGCAAUUCUCAAGAGAGGAUCUCAAAAUUUGUCAGGAAAAAGACAAGGAAUAUAUUCCUUAAUGCAAACUUAAGAAUGAGCGUUGCUAAAACAAAAACCAAGCUGAAGUAAGGAUCAGAAUAUUUUCAAAGAAAAGAUUUCAAAUAUAAUUAAGAGGUAGACAUCGGUAGUUGAAUCUAUUUAGAGAGCGACUCUGAAGAUCAGUUCAUCAAGACGAACCACCAAUCAGGAAAUAAUAUCAAAGUUAGCAAUAUUCGGAUAAACAAUGCUAGUGGUAACUCUAGUAAGCUCCAAAAGAAUAUGGAGAAGUUGAUGAAUAUCCGGAACCUACAUAAAAAUAUCAAAAUAACUACAAGGAAACAUUCCAAAGAAAUCAUAAAACUUCCUGAAGAAAUCAAGAAGGAAGCUAAGUUCUGGGAGUCUCCCCAUGACCUCAGAAUUUCUCCUGAUAAUUUACAUAGUCACAACUCAACACUAGUCAAUGUCUCUUUAAGAAGAUAGAUACAUCAAGUAAAGAAACGAUACUUCACAUUUUGUAAUAAUUUUAUUCAAAAUUCCCUUG